CUGGACAUCGGUCUAUCAGGGAUCAGACACCUGUAGGCUCUAAGCUUCUUACCAGGUGGACGACAAGCAUGAAGAAGGAGAGAAAGAGAAGAAGACAAGCUGAGAUGAGGCACUUCCUUUUAUAUUCCUUCCCAGUGGGUCACUUCAUCCUGGAUCCACAAGCUAGCGGAUUGCUCAUUGCCCCACUACACCGGCACUCUUCAUGGACCUGCCAUCUUUUGCACCAACUUUCGGUCCACCUUAUCAUUUUGCUUCCAGGCACAGAAACAGAGACCCUUUAGAACCAUGUUUCGUUUCCAAUCCCCCAACCACCCGACAAAUUCUUUCAGUGUCACAACUGAUUCCGUUAGCCCCUAUUCGUCCAGUCAUCU